CCCGACUAAGACAGUCUUGACAUCUCUGACUGGUGGAAUGAAGCAGGAUUACAUGGUGUGGCACGUACUCGCGUCCAGCACUUCCUCCCCUGAUUAUGUUACUCCUCACGGUCGGACUGGCUUGUCCUAUCCUGGGCUAUUACCUCCCUCGCUUUCUUCGCGAGCGCCAGCAGCACACGGACUCUCUGUUGAACAUACCGGGGCCUGCGUCGGUGUCCUGGAUCUACGGGAAUAUGCGCGAGUAUCUCCUCUCUCCAGUGUAUGGAACGCACGAAUUUGCAUGGCUGGAGCGUUUUGGGAGUGUUUAUCGUAUCAAGGCGUGUUUUGGGAAGGACCACCUCAUCGUGGCGGAUCCAGCGGCCAUGCAGCACAUUCUAACGAGCACCCGUUUCGACUACUCGAUCACAUAUGAAACGUUGCUCUGGCUUAUGAAUGGGCCGGGAGGGAUACAAACAGUGCGAGAUGCUUUCGAAGGCGGCCGCGAGGAACACAGACGAUUGCGAGCAGGUAUGAACGGUGGCUUCACGGCAUCCGUUGUGCAGAGCUAUCAGCCCAUGCUUGAAAGAUUGGCACAUCGCCUGUCAGUGCAAAUCGAAGAGUUGGCAUGCGAUAGCUUGAUCGAUGUGUCCCCGCUGUUGUCGAGAACCGCUCUGGGUGCUAUCUCUGAAGCUUUGAUCAAUCGGCCGUUCGAAACUCUCGACGAGGAGUUCAUCGAUCUAAACACUCGAAUUGUGGGCAUUUCAGCUAGCGUAUCAAAAGGCUAUAUCUUUGCCGACAUAAUUACAAGCAAUCUGCCCAAGACUCUAGUGAAAUGGCUGUUCGGAUUGCGAGUGGGCGCCCUGGACUUGAUCAACCGAGGACGAGAGUCUGCAUUAGCCUUGGGACGGAAAUUCAUUAGUGAGCGAUCAGAUGGGGAUGAUCCCGGUGAAUGCGAAGGCAUCUAUGGCUUGCUGCGUGAGCUUUCGUCGAGAACCUUGGAGCACCAUCAUCAACUCAUGUCGUCGAGGUCGGCAGUAUCCGGCAAAGGAGCCGGCAGAACGAAGACGCUCACUCCCGAAGAACUGAUUGCUCAGACCUCUGUCCUGUUGCUUGCCGGUCAAGAUACUACCGCAACUACCCUAUGCUUUUGCCUCAUUGAGUUGGCCCGCAACCCUACAUUACAGGAACAGCUCCGCGAAGAGAUCCGAGCACGCCCGCUGUCUCAAGCAUACAGUCAGAUGCCGUUGCUCAAUGCCGUGAUCAAAGAAACUCUCCGGAUGUUCCCAGUCGUGCCUUUCACGGAUCGCAUGGCAUUCGAGGAUGAUGUCAUCCCUGUCUCUCGGCCGAUAGUAGGCCGUGAUGGACAACAAAUGACAGAGUUCCGCGUCAGGAAGGGACAAGUGCUCUCGGUCUCCAUUGCGUCGUAUCAAAGGAUCCAAUCUGUAUGGGGUGAAGAUGCAAGUGAAUUCAAUCCGAAUCGAUGGUUCGAAGGAGGCCAUGCCUCCUUGAACGAAGUCGUUGGGCCAUAUGCCAAUCUAAUGAGCUUCAUCAGUGGUUUCAGGACAUGCGUUGGCUGGCGUUUUGCGUAA